GAGGAGGGAGGAAGAGACGCAGACUCGGUGCGCAUGCGCGAGUUCAGCUGGGUUCUUUAAGGUUCCUCGAAGCUCUGCUAUAGAGAUCCACUGGGUUCCACCGGGUUCGUUUACUUUGAGCCCGGUUCUGCUCGUAGUGGCGCGGGUCCAGAUGCCGGGGUUCCGCAGCGAAGAGCCGCAGGAGUCUGAUGGUGCGGGGCCAAGUGCCAAGGGGAGGGUCCUUGUCACCGGGGCAACGGGGCUGUUGGGGCGGAGCAUGUGUCGACAGCUCCGUGACGACGGCUGGAGCGUCAUAGCAGCGGGCUUCAGCCGUGCCCUCCCUGGAACUCUGCGGUGCGAUCUAACUUGUGAGGAGCAAGUACACCGUAUGGUACAACAGCAAAAGCCCGACGUGAUCGUUCACUGCGCCGCUGAACGUCGCCCUGACAUUGUGGAGCGAGCAUCUGACUCCGCCCUUAACCUCAAUGUGCACGCCACUGCUGUGCUCGCCAAGGAGGCAGCGGUGUGCGGAGCGUUCCUCGUCUACAUCAGCACAGAUUAUGUCUUUGACGGUCGAAACCCGCCGUAUGGAGAAGAUGACGCCCCCAACCCCCUGAACCUGUAUGGCCGGAGCAAGAUGGAGGGAGAGAGGGAGGCGCAGAGACACUGCAUCGACUGUGUGGUUCUGCGGGUUCCUGUUCUCUUCGGGGAGGUGGAGCGGUUGGAGGAGAGUGCUGUGACAGUUCUCUGGGGCUCGGUCCUGGACUCUGCUCAGACCUGCUCCUUGGACCACACCCAACAACGCUUCCCCACUGAGGUCAGAGAUGUGGCCCGGGUCUGCAGCAACAUCUGCUCUAGGCGCAGACAGGACCGGUCUGUGCGCGGAGUGUUCCAUUUCUCGGCUCAGGAGCAGAUGACCAAAUAUGAAAUGGCCAAAGCCAUCGCCGACGCCUUCCAGCUACCUUCUGACCACAUCAUCCCUUUGACUGAGCCCGCCCCUGGUCUCACCACUCGCCCUCAGAACGUGCGUCUUGCCUGCUCACGCCUCGAGCUGCUGGAUCUCGCUGUGGAGCCCCGUCCCUUCAGAGCCGCCAUCUUGGAUUGUCUUUGGCCGUUCACCCCUGACCGCCGCUGGAGGCAGACUGUCUUCCACUGAACUAAUACUGAUACCGCAUCAAAUACUACUAAAUCUGCUACUACUACUACUACUACUACUACUACUACUGCUACUGCUACUACUAACGCAAAUACUUCUAAUGCUAUUAUUACUACUACUGCUGCUACUAGAACAAAAGCAGCUGCUGGGACUUUAGGCAUUUGGGAUUAAAAUAUUGUUUCAUUUUGAUUUUGGGUUUAAAUGUAAAAUGAUACACUCAUGUUUAGUGAAGCUGGACUCACCAAUUUCCUCUGGAGCGCUGGUCCUGGUUUAGCCCUGGUAUUUACUUCUGGUUUAGCCCUGCUUUAUUCCUGGUUUAGUCCUGGUUUAGUCCUGGUUUAGCACCAGUUUAGCCCUGGUUUAGUCCUGGUUUUAGACCUGGUUUAGACCUAGUUUGGAUCUGGUUUAGACCUGGUAUUAAGUCCUGGUUUAGUCCUGAUUUAGCCCCGGUUUAGUUCUGGUAUUUAGUCCUGAUUUAGCCCCGGUUUAGCGCGGUUUAGCCCUGGUUUAGUCCUGGUUUAGUCCUAGUUUAGCCCCAGUUUAGUCCUGGUUUGGGCGCGGUUUAGCGCCAGUUUAGACCUGGUUUAGACCAGACACAGCCAGAGGAAACAUGACUGAGAUCAGCUUUGAGACAGAAAAGGAGACAUUUUUAUAGAUAUUUUAGUUUAACAUAAUUAUGGAAUAAAAAUCAUUA